UUGGCCAGAAUUUCCGUGGCAAGGCACGAUGCUUUUGGGGGCCAGAACUUCCUUGGUAAGGCGCGAUGUUUUUUGAGGGCCAGAAUUUCCGUGGUAAGGCGCGAUGUUUCCUCUCUCGGGUAGGUCCCUACAGGAUCCCAUCUGCAUCCGUAGUUAAGGAAUCUCAGUAAGCAUGCAUUAGACCAAAAACCCGUUAGCGUUUAAUCUAUAGAGUUAGGAUUUUGUUAGUGUUCGUGUUACGGUAGACUCGAAGGUCUUGGCUAAGAGUUAGGGUAAAUUCAACUCGAAGAAGAAAAAGGAUCUUAGUUAUUAUAUAUAAUAACUUAUGUUGUAACUUAAGUUAUGUAAUAUUCGAAAUUCAAGACAAACGUAUUGAAGUACAUAAAAAUAGGUAAUCUAAGGGAUGACUAUCCAUGUUCGAAUUGUAGUCCUCCGAAGACUAGAGAUCUUGUAUCACAGGUCAUGUACAAAGGUUUCAAGUCUUACUGGCCAGAAUGGAAUGGACACUUUGGAAAAGUAACUACCUCAUCCUUGUCUGUCACCCCAAAGAAUCUCAUCCCUAGGACAAAGUACAUUUUCAAUAUUACUAUUUCCACAAAAUGCGGAGAUAGCAAAACACUGAAUUUUAAAGUAGUGACUACGAAAGUUGCAAAUCCUGUAGCACCAGUGGUUCCUCUUGGAAGAAUAUCUCGCGAUACUAACGUCACAUUGUGGAAGGCUGAUGAAGUCAACGGUCCAAUCGACUCCUAUCAAGUCAUAGUUUUGAAAGAGAAACCCGACAACGUGAACCUGACGGAGAUUCAAGCAGGAGAACUUUGUAAAGAAGACAAAGAGAAUAAAGAGAAAAGGAAUUACUACAUUGCAGCCGAAGUGGAAACAUUAAGUAUGAAUCAUACAACCAUCAUUGGUGACGGUAGGAUUUACAAAGGAAGGCGGCAGAAGUACAAGGACAAAGCUCUUGACGAAGGAAGCAAGAACAAGGUCUACAUACGAGCUAUGACCUACCUGAACGAAGAGGUGGAGCCCUUGUGUGGAGUUGUCGCUUUGGCUGGAGUAAUAGAAAUCCCGGUCGCCAGCUCGGAAAAUCUCGCAUCAACCACCUCUUCACCCGUAGGAGCAAUAGCUGGAGGGGUGGUUGCGUUACUCAUUCUUGCGGCUUUUGUCGCCGCUGUAGUCCUCUUUAUCCGGCGACGAAAUGAUAAUUCCCCCAUGAGAAAGCCGGUGAUGCAAAUGGAGUCGUUUAACGAGGGUCAAAGCGGAAAGCAAUGCCGAUAUCGCCGAUGAAGGAAUAAGCAACCAGCAGGAGGCUGCAGAAGCUGCAAAUACCGAGCGUAUUUGCGACAAUGCUGUAGACGACUUGUCCAAGCCAAUCCCAAUCGCACUCUUCCCAGAAUACGUCGCGAAGAUGCACGGAGGUAUCAGAUUGGAAACCGAAUACAAGAAAUUCAACAAUGGACAGCAGUUUCCAUGGGGAGCCGCCAGGAAACCUGCCAACAAGAACAAGAACAAGAACCGUUACGCGAACAUUGUUGCAUAUGAUCAUUCACGCGUGGUACUGGAGCGAGUCAAUGGCGACGAGGAUUUGGAUUACAUAAACGCGUCAUUUAUCCACGGCUAUGAUGGAACCCCAAGAUCGUUCAUCGCCACACAAGGUAAAUUUAGAUUUGGCCUUUAAAAACAAGAGUAGACCAUU